UCUUUGUUUUGAUUUUACACUAAAUGAAAAUAAAGGAAAUGGAAAAAAAAAAACAGUCUAAACUGAAAAGAAGUAAUUUGACAUUUAUCAUAAUUAUCAUCGUUUUCAGCUGAUAAGUAUAUUUUAGUGUGGUUGUAGUGCCCAGUCCUAUGAUACUAUUACUUAAAGAAAUGUCACGUUUCACAUUUGUAAAUAGCUGAAGACUGCUGUUUAUUCUUGAGAGCUUUUUGGACCUGUGAGGACCAGAGGGAUGAGUGCGUUGCCAUUUCCCUGUCCUGUACCCCUGGGUGUUACCACCAGAGGGGUACAUGCUGAGCUGCACAGAUUGAUGUUGGAGGGGAAUCUGACCAAGUUGGAGAUGCUUCUUAAAAAAGGUGUUGACGUGGACUGUGUGAAUCACCUCGGUCAGACUCUGCUUUACUGUGCUGUUGUGUUGGGACAAGUAAAGGUGACAGAACUGCUCCUGCAUUAUGGAGCUGAUCCCAACCAUCGUUGUGAAGACUGGAGUACUCCAGUACAUGCUGGCGUAUUGUCCUGUAAUCCAUUAGUGCUGAGUGGUUUGUUGGAUGCUGGAGGAGACCUAAGACUGCAUGAUCGAAAUGGCAGGACACCAUUUGACUGGCUUAUGGCUGCAGAGGAGGAAGAAAGCAGAAAAUUCUACAUAGUAUAACAUGAUCCAGUCACACAGCGACCUGUGGCCUGCACUCUACGUGGACGUUUAAUACUAUGCUGGAUGUUCUGGAGAACUACAUGUCGUCCAUGCGUCGUAUGUUUCAGAGUCCAUUCGGGAGGAAGCUCAAUGGUCACCCUGUCCAACACUCAACUUCCAGUGGCACCGAUAUGCAGUGUAAUAAUAUGAUGUUUUCCAGUACAGCAACCCAGUGUUUUGGCUUUGGAAAGGUGUGUGCAGAUAGGUCGUACCAGGCACUGACUUUGCCAACAUCUAUUCCACUCAUCAGAGACACUGAUCUGACUCAAAAUGAUGAUGAAUAUGUGCUGUCUCCAAGCUGUGACUAUGUGACCUCCAUGACCAAUUGUAGUUGGAGGGGCUGCAGAGUGACUGUAAAAAGACUGACGGCAAACCAGAAAGAUUAUUUGGAUCUGCUACUCAUUGAACAAGACUACUGCAGCCAGCUGGUCCAUCCCCAACUGCUGCAGCUGAUGGCUGUGAGCCUUUCCAAUGACCUCCACAGAACCAGCCUGGUCUUUGAGCCAGUCAUUGGCACACUGCACAACCUGCUGCAUAUCCCUUGCGUGGAGUUCCCUGUGCUGCAGGACAAAUGGCGUCUCUCAGUGGUAUUGCAGAUUUGUGAAGGUCUAUUGUACCUCCACAGCAGAGGCCUGGUAAUGAGGAUCCUGUCUUCCCACUGUGUGGUUCUCACAAAGCCAUCGGUCAUCAAACUAACGGGUUUAAGCUUCACAGUCCCUUGCUACGAAAGUACUCACAUCCAGCCUCACAUGAAGAUGGCUUUACCCGCUGGCCUUUACAGAUGGGCUGCUCCAGAAGUUGUUGCACAGCGACCCUGCUCAUGGAGGGCUGAUGUCUACAGUCUCUGUGCUGUUAUUCAGGAACUCUACACUGGCAAUGAGCCAUGGAGUAGAGUGGACCUGCAACAGAUCAAACAGGUAAUGAGUGCAGGCCAGGCCCUGACACCAGAUACUAACAUUCCACAUCCGUACUGUGAUGUCAUCCUGGAAGGAUUGCAGCCACAACCACAAGACCGCAAUUGCAGCAUCCAGACACUCUGCCAUAUAUUACAGCAGGAUAUUGAGAAGUUCUCCCUGGAGGAAAGACUGAGCUGUUUACUGCAUGCUUCCACAACACAUGCAGGCUUUCAGUUCCAGACUAUAAUGCAGCAUACUACUGCAGGAAAACCAGGAGAAAAUGUUGUUUCUGAUACUGUCAGGCCCACGUCAACUGCUGCAUCCCUACCAGCUCACACUGCAAACACAGUAGUUGAAGCAAGACUGGAGAAAAUAUCAAAGCCUAAGCAGGCAAGGAAGUCCAUGUUCCACCCUGACUGCCCCUCCAUUGACAUACUCCCUCUGCUCGGUGAGUGUGACUCAAGUAGUGAGGAAGAGCAAGGAUCAGACAUGGCAGAGCCACUGACUGAUGUGGAGGCAUCCAGAAUGACAAUAGAUCAGCAGAUCAGUACCAUUGCAGUCAACCUCCAAGUGUCCCGGGAGCUUUUACUUCAAGGCAACAGAAACCUUGACUCAGUGGAAAAUUACUUACAACAAAACUGCAUAGUAGAUAAUCAAGUGGACUUGUGUGCCUCAUCUUCCAUACCCAUGUCCACUAUUGGUCUUUCUGAAAUUAUAACUGGCCCACCUUCUCCUCAGUAUGGUCUCUUACUUCACAAAGGAUAUCAAUGGGCAGAGCAUCUGGAGGUCCAGCUUAUGAAUGGAAAUUGGGAACUGUUGGGGGACGAGGAGCUAGCUUUGUGGAUGGAUCUAUAUCCAGCUGAGCAGUCGCAGAAUGAGAGCUCUUGUAAGGAAUUUCUUGCAGGUAGCAAAGUGGCAGAUAGUGUAUCCGAUGGAGCAGACCAUGAUAAAGACGAGCUCACCCAGUACAAGACAGCCCUGUGUGACAGCAGCAUGAUGUUUGGAAACCCACAGCAGGCAUUAAGUUUCCAAGAAAAUGCAGACGUCACACCGGAGUUGUCCAGACCUGUGGACACUGAGCAGCAACUUUUUAAUGUCCAGUCUGAACAUGAGGAUUUUUCAGAUGACAGCGAGGAAACAGACACAGAUGCCAGUGUUCAUGGGGCACCUGUCUGUUCUGCAGCCAGCACUAACAUGGCUGCAUUAGACAUGGCUCUGCUGGCUGAACUCUCCAGUAUCACAUGCUCACCAUGUCUGCCUGAGGAGAAGCACUACAGACCAGUCCCACCCUGUAAUAGUACACCGCGCGGCACAGAUAUACAGCAGUUCAGAAUGGUACAUAUUGCUGAGUCCCAUCUUCCAGAAUCCUCAGCAUGCAGUCCCCUUAGCUCUGUGGAUCUGCACACACAGAGUUUCACCACUGCUGUUGAUGAAGCAAGAGACAACACACAGUCAUCCUGCCACAUGGACUCUGCUAGUGUUCAACAAAACUUGGCAUCCUUUCAGAAAGCUGGACUGCAUACAGAAACGCCGUUUCCCAACUCCUGCAGUAUGGUGGCAGCAAAAUGCAAGGGAGAAGAAAGGAAAAAAGAGGGAACUGGAGGGUUUACAAAGAAGCAUACUGAGGAGAAACAGGAGUUAAUGGAUGGGAGUGGUGAGAACAAACCAGGUACCCAUCUGACUGAAAAAGUUGAUGAAAGAACAGAUGAGCAAAUGGAAAAAAUGGACCAGGGACAACACAGGGCUGUACAGUACACCGAAGGAGGGGAUGAUGUCCCACAGGGGGAGAAGGAAGUGAAGCCUGUAGAGGAUGAUGCUAAUGAAGGAAAGUGUUGCUGGUGUGACCCACAGAGAGUUGACUCUGCAGAUGCCACAGAUCCUGAAAAAAAGGAAAAGCUUGACCUUCUUCCAGAGUCACAGCAGUCCAGUUUUUUACAAGAUACCCUCAGGGCCCAUUCAACAUUAGAUGACCUCCUGCAAGGCUUUGUCAUGGUGGGAAUUGGCAAGAGCCACAGAACAAGAGAACAUGUCACUAAACUGCGUCAGCUGUUCGAAGGAGACACUAGUGAUGAUGAUGGACGUCCAGCAGGAGGUGGUGCCAACUGAAAGCAGCACAUCCAUUGGUACCACUGUACACACAGGAUGGCGAUACUGGACCAGGACUACAUUAUUCCAGAGACAAAACAAGCCAAAGAAAAACCUGUUCACAUGUGAAAAUACAGCUGUUGGAUUACCAGUAUUGUACUGUAAACUGUUAACAAGUUCCCUGUUACUGGAUAGUUUUUCCUGUAUUAAACUAUCACUAGUUAUGAGCAGGACUGGACUCAUUUUUCAGUUCUCCAUGUAUACAUGAGUCUAAGAAGGUUGUCAAUGUGCAGAAUUUGUUAAAAGAAAUAUUUUAAAUAAAAUAAAGCAUAUUCAUGUAAUUUCCUCGAUACUUUACAAUAUAAAAAUAUUUUUGUUAAGAAAGGAAGCAGAAAUCGAAAUUUACAAUUUUAUAUAUCACUAAAGGCAAGACUUUUCAUCAUUUAAUGCAUCUGAUUAAUUAUCCAGUCUUACUUCAGAGCAGGCGAAGCUGUGAUUCAAAUAUUAAUACGGCACCGAAUCACAACAAGUUAUCUCAUGACACUUGACACUUAGAGCUGGUUAAGACCAGACUUAAUAGUUAAGAGUAAUGAAUAGCUAAGAAUUAACUGUUACCUUGAGGUUCCAGAGCUCUAAUAAAUUUGAGAGUGUAAUUUAAAAAAAAAAGGAGAAUGUAAUAAAAAUUCUUCAUAAAUAAUUUUAAGGAUGAUUUGCUUUGUUGCAGGUAAAGCAUGUUUUCAGCUUUUAUCGUCAUUAAACAAAGCAAU